GACACGAGUCACGGCGUCCAUCCAUACAUUUUCCUUCCUUCCCACCCAGCAGCAUCAUUUCCUUCUUCGGCGGGAUGUCUUAGAGCGCGGCGUCUGGGCAUGGUGCGUCUUUUCGCGGUUUGGUCAGGGUCGGGGUCGGGUCCAGGGCUCGAAUGGAGUUUCAGGUCACGGCUCGGAUCACUUGCAUUGGCUGGCGUUCAGGCAUUUCCAGCACUAGUUUCCCCUCUCCUUGUCGGCAUUUCCCCAUAUGCUCAUUCCCAUCUAGGACGAGCGUGGUUUACAUGUUUUUCUGCUCUCCACUGGUGUGUGUCGCCCCUCCAUUGGACGCUAGGCCUAGUAUCUGAAGACAUCUCAGAGCAGGUGUAUAGAUCUUCCAAAAUUUCCCCUCAGCACCGCUUCAACGUCUUACGGGUUGAUGAAUGAGAAAUGUACUGGCCAUUGGCUAAAUUGAUUGGAUACGCAAUCAGUAUGCAGUUCAGAGUAUAAUGUGAACGAAGUUUAUGAAUUGGAUAUCCCGACGUUAUAAUCCCUAAACCCCAUGAACCUAAAGCCUCAGAAAUGCUG